CUUGGUGCUUUCUCUGGUCUUUUAACUUUUCUAAUAUUACUAUCAAUCUAUCAGUAUCAGGUUGCCUCACUUUACUGGUUUUGAUGGAAUGGGUCAUAGUAGAUUCUCUGUUUUGUGUUCCAUGGAGGGCAGAGGAUGGCAGAUUCUUAUUACCAAAUUGAGCAUAGCAUAAUAAUGAGCCUAGUAAGGAAAACAGAGUACUCAAGCUUAUUUUCUGAACUGGGCAGUUCUGUGAGCAUGAGCUAGAGUUGCCCUUAAGCUUGUGGAGUAGACCCAUACACCCAUAUCAAUCUUGACUACUUCCACCGUCACAGUUCAUACACCUCAGUUUCGGGGGUGCUAUUGAUUUAUGCUGUUAUGUUCUUCUGGGUAUCUGUACUCUGAAGCUCUAACCAUGGCUUCCGUUGUUCUGACUUCAUUCUUAAUUUUCAUAUGCAUCACACUUGAUUGUUAUGUGCACUGUCAAAAGCCCCCAGUAGUGAAUGUCGGUGUGGUGUUUACGUUUGAUUCCGUCAUCGGUAGAGCUGCGAAAGGCGCCAUGGAAGCUGCAGCUGAUGAUAUCAAUGCGGAACCGAGCAUUCUUAAAGGGGACAAGCUCAAUUUAUUGAUGAUGGAUGCAAAUCGCAGCGUUUUCUUGGGGGCCAUUGCAGCUUUUCAAGUGAUUGAGAAAGAAGUGGUGGCCAUUAUUGGACCACAAUCUUCAGGAACAGCGCAUAUGAUCGCCUCCAUUGCUGAUGGAUUCCAACUGCCUCUUAUCUCAUUUUCUGUCACAGACCCAACUCUAUCUGCCUCUCAAUUUCCCUUCUUUAUCCGAAGCACACAAAAUGAUUAUAGCCAAAUGGCAGCCAUGGCUGAUUUGAUUGGCUAUUACGGGUGGAAAAGGAUUAUUGCUAUCUAUGUGGAUGAUGAUCAUGGAAGGAAUGGGAUAUCUGCUCUAGAUGAUGCACUUGCAGAGACAAUGUCAAUGAUUUCUUAUAAAGUGGCAUUUCCACCUGGAGCUAAUCUUGGUCAAAUCACUGAUUUGCUUAAUAAAUCCAAAUUGGUCGGGCCACGCGUUUACGUUGUUCAUGUUAGUCCCGACUCCGGUCUCCCAAUCUUCACCAUAGCCAAACACCUUCAAAUGAUGACCAGUGAUUAUGUGUGGUUUGCAACAGAUUGGCUUUGUGCUACAUUAGAUUCAAUGUCACAUGUGAACCAAACAUCACUGCCCCUGCAAGGGGUCGUUGCACUCCGUCCGCAUAUUCCACAAUCCAGGCGGCAGAAGGACUUCGUGUCUCGCUGGAGAGAGUUACAUAGAAAAGGUUUAGUGAGUUCUUGGUUGAAUGCAUAUAGCCUUUAUGCUUAUGAUACAGUUUGGGCGGUUGCACAUUCUAUUGAUGCAUUCUUGAAUGAAGGUAGAAACAUUACCUUCUCUUUCAACAAGAAGUUAUUUGAUCUCAAUGCAACAGCACUGCCGCUGCAAAAACUCAAAACUUUUGAUGGGGGCAGCUUCCUCCUUGAUAAGUUAUUGCAGACGAACUUCACAGGUUUAACUGGUGCAGUUCAAUUUGAUACAGACAGGAAUCUCAUUGGUGGUGCUUAUGAAAUUAUUAAUGUUGAUAAAGCAGAACUCCGUAGGAUUGGUUACUGGUCUAAUUAUACAGGUCUUUCGAUUGAACCACCGGAGACAUUAAAACAGGGGCAGCUUGUCCAUUCCCAUUUGGAUCAGAAGCUCAACAAUGUCACCUGGCCUGGUCAGAAGACAGAAAAGCCUCGUGGGUGGGUGAUUGCAGACAAUGAAAAACCAUUGAGAAUUGGAGUGCCAAAUCGAGUUAGUUUCAUUGAAUUUGUAAACGAAAAUCAUAGCAAUCAUAAUAUCGAAGGGUACUGUAUUGAUGUGUUUCAUGCAGCUCAGGAACUAAUCCCCUAUGCAGUUCCUUACAGAUUUGUGCCUUUUGGGGAUGGUCACUCCAAUCCCAGUUACAACGAGCUAGUGAGAAGGGUUGCAGAAAAUGUUUUUGAUGGGGCAGUUGGGGACAUUACUAUCGUCACAAACCGGACAAAGAUUGCUGAUUUUACUCAGCCUUAUGCUGUAACAGGUCUUGUAAUAGUAGCUCCUCUCAGAAAAUCAAGUGCUUGGAUAUACUUGAGGCCAUUUACUGUGGAGAUGUGGUGCACUACUGCAGCAUUUUUUGUCUUGAUUGGAGUGAUUAUUUGGAUACUUGAGCAUCGUAUCAAUAAACACUUCAGGGGCCCAGCUAGACAACACCUCAUAACUAUGCUCCUGUUUAGCUUCUCAACACCGUUUAAGACAAAACAAGAAACUAUGAGCACACUCGGGCGGAUAGUUAUGAUGAUAUGGCUUUUCUUGCUGAUGGUGAUCACGGCAAGUUACAAAGCAAGUUUGACUUCAAUUCUUACAAUCCAGCGACUGUCAUCGCCUAUCACAGGAAUUGACAGUUUGAUUGCAAGCAGAUGGCCUAUUGGGUAUCAAGUUGGUUCAUUUGCUGGGAACUAUCUGAAAGAAAGUUUUAACAUACCUUCUUCAAGGCUGGUUUCUCUUGGCACACCAGAAGAGUAUGAAAGGGCACUGCAGCGUGGGCCAAGCAAUGGAGGGGUGGCAGCAAUUGUGGACGAGCUUCCAUAUGUAGAGUUGUUUCUAUCAAAACAUGCAGAGUUUGGUAUCAUUGGACAAAAGUUUAGCAAGAAUGGAUGGGGAUUCGCUUUCCAGAGAGGCUCUCCUCUUGCCAUUGACAUGUCUACAGCAAUCCUUAAACUUUCCGAAAGUGGUAAACUACAGGAGAUCCAUGACAAGUGGUUUUGUAAGUCGGGCUGUGCCAUACAGGGAAGACACCAAUCUGAUCCUAACCAACUCGAGCUAAGCAGCUUCUGGGAUCUCUAUCUUUUCUUUGGUGCUCUUAUGGUCACUGCCUUUCUUGUAUUUAUAAUACAGAUGGUUUGGCAGUUUGUUCAAUACAAGCGGAAACAGAGGGAACUUUCUUCUCAUGCUUUUGACCCAUUAACUGCUCGCUGUUUUCAGGUCAUCUAUGAUUUCCUUAACUUCAUCAUUGAGAAGGAAGAAGCAAUGAAGAAAAUGUUUAAGCAGUCUGAUAACCCUGAACCACAGGAAAGUUGAUUGAUAGUGGAGAUACACAUUAAGGAUUUGAGAUUGGAAAUUUUGAUUCAUGCACUUGGAAAAGGCUAGAAUUCGGAGGGUUUUCCUUGGGGGACCUCUGGUCAGUGUUGGAGGUUAUCAUGUAUAAUUUGGAACCAGAAAGGAAAAAAAAUGAGGUACAUUAACUAGUAAAAAAUUGGAUAGCCAUAUGGAAAUGUUCCGUCCAUAGAUGCUAGGUUCUAAUAUUCUACUUUAUCUUAAGCUUCACGACUAACAUCUCAUAUAUAUGAAGCAUGUAAAUAUUUAUUCUCCAAUAUGUUAUAAAAAUGCCAAAGUUUCCAGUUUAGCAAUUGGAUCAAUUCUGUUAGCUGUCUUUCUUA